AUGUCGCGACCACAGAGCAUGCCUGACUUCGCCGCGCUCAUGGAGUCUUCCAUGUCGCAGACCGUCUUUGAGUCGUCUAGUUCGAACAUAGAGAAGCGCAUACACAGCCGAAGACAGACUUCACCCGAACGAAAGCCCCAGCAUAUGCGCAAGAAGCCCAGUAUCUCGCUGGCUGCUGGACUCAUGAUGAACACCGACACCCCGCCAGCCACUGGAUCACUUUCGCCGCGCAAACGAAGCCAGAGCCGACCCGCCCAGGAUAAGAAGGUUGAAAUGGAAGAGGGUGGGAACCUGUUUUACGCCUAUGCGCUGAGAAGCGACUAUCCUGCAUCUCCCCCGUACAUACUCACAUUCGCCUCGGCCGCAGUCUGUUCGCAAUGGUGGAACCUCGUUCAGCAGGAAUACACCUCGUCGUCGCGUCCAAGCCCGCAAUAUUUCGUCGUCAGGAGCGAGGACAUGGAACUCAUUAUGGAGGACCCCAAGUUCUCCGACAUCCACAACAAGUGGUUCUACACAUGCCAGGAUAGCCCGACCUGCCCGCCAAUAGUUCUGCCCCUGCAGCAUGCAAACGGUGUUCCCGCCGUUGCGCCUCCACAAUCAGCUGAAGAGAAAAUGAGCACACCGGCUCUCGACAGCUUGGCGGAAAGCUUGACCCGACUGGCACACGUAGUGGAAAGCAAUGCAGAGCAGGUUCACGCGCUAUCGGUUGCGCAAUCGACAGGCUUACAGGCGAUGCAAGAGAUCAAUGAGUCGAACAGCAUUCAGAUCAAGGCCAUUUCCGAGUCCCAGAUUAAGCUACAAGCGCUAGUCGACCAGAACGCAUCGCACUACAUCGCCCUAUCUAACACAUCGUUCCAGUCGCACGAGCAGAGCAGACUAGCGCAGGAACAGACUCGAAAAUCACAAGAGCAAACACGCAAAUCUCAAGAACAGACUAAAGACAUACUCAAGACCACCGUAUCUCAACUCCAGACUCUGUCCAAGAACCAAGUCGAGCUUUCACAAACAUGUCAAGGCAUGAUGCGUAGCAUUGAGACCCUUGGCGACUCCGUCACUCAGUUCACUUCAAACGUCAUCUCAGACACUGCGAGCAACCAGUCACUCUCCACCACUUCAUUCAACGCCCUCGCAACUCGCAUCAGCCCGCCACCGCGCAAGCUGAACAGACGAGUAAAGGGUGUUUGGUACGAGUACGACAAUGUGGGUUCGCCCGACGGCACACCAAGGAAGAGAAUCGAUUCAGUCAGCGUAGAUACCCCGCCGAAGAGCCCGGUCAUCUUCAAGCAUGUCUGA